AGAACAAUCUACACUUUUCAGAAUACGAGUGGUUGGUGUUAGUGGCAAAGAAGAGAACUAUCACUAAAAAAAAGGUAAAAUAGAUCCAAAAAAAAAAAAAAAGAAACCCAGAAAAUAAAAAAACAGUCCCAACAAAAAGAAAAAACAAAAAUCGGAAACGGAAGCUCACAGAGACAAGGAGGAUAUGAGAUUUUUCUCUUCCUUUGAUAAAUCCCAAUACCUAAUUCCCAACUUCCCAUACGUUUAGGGGCCGAAAGAUAGAGAUAGUAAGAGAGACACGCAUUGGGUUUUUUUUUUUUUUUUUGAAGAGCCUUGAUUCUCGCUUCUUACUACAUGUGUAUCAAUCGAUCUCUACCCAGAUUCUCCGGAGGAGCUUUGAGUCUUCUCGUAUAGAUGCAGUGAAGGUCCUUUGUUAGAUGGGAAAACUUUUUCUGGAGUUGUCAAAAGGUAUUUUCUAUGUUAAUGGAGUAGAACUGUUUACAAGGAAGCAGCCAUAAAGAAUUUUGAAUUUGGAGAAAUGGUUUUAGCGGUGUUGUGAAGAAAGAUCAGUUUUGGUUGUUUUUUGGAUUUGAUGGGUAAAGAGAAUCAGUUGGAGACUACCAAUUGCGGAGUCAGUGAUCACGGUUCUCCACCUAUCAAGAACGAAGAGCAUGAGGCACCACGUUACAGUUCAGACAAAGACACGGGUUUACCAACUUGCCGUGUGUGCCAGUGUGCAGAAUCCGAUAGAAGAGGAGAUGCUGCUUUAGGGUUUUUGGGGAUUACUCCUCCGGUUUCAGAACCUCGCAGAAGCAAUGCGGGCAAAGAAGCCGUUGAUCAGAAAAGCUCGGUUAACAAAUCUAGUGGAUUCAUCGAACUAAUAAGUCCUGAUGGAGAGGUUUUCGUUUGUGCAAAUAACGAUAUAGAAAUGGGAGCGUGGCGACAUCGAGAUAAGUUGCUAGAACUCGGAUGUUCUUGCAAGAAUGAUCUUGCUUUGGUACACUACGCUUGUGCAUUGAAAUGGUUCGUCAACCACGGAUCAACAGUUUGUGAGAUAUGUGGAAAAACCGCGAAGAAUAUAAGAACAGUUGAUUUCAACAAAGUGGUUAUCGCUUUAAAAGAUUACGCAGCGCUAAGAGAAAGAACAGCGGAUGGAGAUCCAAAUCCUGUCGCGGUUAACAACAACACGAGUUCUUCAGGAAUUGAUCCUGAUGCAGUUGCAGCCAUUCGAAGGCAACGACUUAGUGAGAUUUCGUUAUGGUUUGGUCCACAUUGUUCAAACAACAACAAUAGUAGUAAUUCCGCUGCUGCAGGGACGGCUUCUUCUCAGGUUACAUCUGAACAACCUGUGGGUAUAGUAAACUUUGAUAUCUUGCCUAUGGAAAGCCGUGCGACCAAAUGGGCGGUUGAAGGUACCGGAAUACUACUUGCAACCGGAUUACUCACUGUUACUUUGGCAUGGCUCAUUGCUCCUCGUGUCGGAAAGAGAACUGCAAAGAGCGGACUACACAUACUUCUAGGUGGUCUCUGUGCUUUAACAGUAGUCAUCUUCUUCAGAUUCGUUGUGCUGACAAGAAUCAGGUACGGACCAGCACGUUACUGGGCAAUCUUGUUCGUCUUCUGGUUUCUUGUGUUUGGCAUUUGGGCUUCACGUUCACACGCUUCUCACUCCUCCACGUGAUAAAUUCUUCAUCAUCCUUAUCCUCGUGUUACUCCUUUUUUGGUCUCUGUCAAUAUCGUUUACGUUAUUCUCUUUCAAAACACAAAAUGUACAAUUAAUUACUCUUGUCAGAAAAAAAAAAAGGAAACUGAAUGUUACUUCACAACAAAAAUCUCUUCGUCGUAUUUAUUCUUUGUAUUAUAAUAUGAAUUAUGUUAUUUUUAGCAAA